AUGGCAACAGUUAGGACAACUGGUAACACUUUGAAAAGGAUUCUAACCGAAAUUAAAGCUAUCAGUCCGGAAGGAAACCACAAGGAGUCGCUAGCUGCUAAAUACAUUAUAUCGCAGUAUAAGAAGUAUGAAACUACCGAACAGCUGCAUUGCAGAGCCAAAGAAGAAAUGCAAUUUACCGCAAGGACAUAUUUGUGCUACCUGCAAAGCGUCCGCCAGCACAAGGAGCUGAGUGAAUUAUACAAAGGCGGUGGAGAACGAAGCGUCCGCCAGACAGCCGAUAUGGUGGGUUUCAAGCUUCCACAUGAUCCGAAAUAGAAUGGUGUUGUCAUCGAGCAAUAACAUACAGAUUGAUAGUAAAUAACAGGAAUAAAAAUUUUCAUUCAAAAGUCCAA